AUGAACUUGCAGAAGUUGCCGAGCAGCAAUUUGCGAUCAUCGUCUUCGUCCCUCCCCGCCACUCGUGCAUUUUGCAAGAUCCCGUGCGAAGAGCUAUCCCCAUCUCUGUGCCUCCCAAAAAAAACCUUAUCAAGUCCCACUCAAUAUUUGUGUGUGUACUUUCUGCGCGUGAGAGGUUCGUCUCCAUCAUCACUACCAUCACAGCGCAGUCGUACUGGUAUAUAUUAUUCUUUUGAGCAGGCCUUCAAACCACAUCGUCGCGAAUCAAAUCAACCUACAACCUUUAAUUAG